GCCUUCCGCCAGCUGUAGCAGCGGCCACAGCACCUGAGCCGCGGCUGCCUCUAGCUCAGGACGACGCUAUGGCUGAGCCUGGGCGCAGGCUCCAUCCUUCUGCCGCCCGCGGAGGAACAACUGAGCUGCGCACACUACGGCUCCUGCGGCUGCUGCUCUGGGUUGGGACUGCCUUCCAGGUGACUCGGGGAGCGGCGCCGGAGCUUCACGCCUGCAAAGAGUCCGAGUACCACUACGAGUACACCGCCUGUGACAGCACGGGUUCCAGGUGGAGGGUCGCCGUGCCGCACACUCCUGGCCUGUGCACCAGCCUCCCAGACCCCGUCAAGGGCACCGAGUGCUCCUUCUCUUGCAAAGCCGGGGAGUUUCUGGACAUGAAGGACCAGUCGUGCAAGCCAUGUGCAGAGGGCCGCUACUCUCUCGGCACAGGCAUCCGGUUUGAUGAGUGGGACGAGCUGCCCCAUGGCUUCGCCAGCCUCUCCACCAACAUGGAGCUGGAGGACAGCACCACCGAGUCUGCUGAGAACUGUACUUCGUCCAAGUGGGUUCCUCGGGGGGACUACAUCUCCUCCAACACGGACGAGUGCAUGUCCACGCUAAUGUACGCCGUCAACCUGAAGCAGUCUGGCACUGUUAGCUUCGAGUACUACUAUGCAGACUCCAGCAUCAUCUUUGAGUUUUUUGUUCAGAAUGACCAGUGCCAGCCCAAUGCAGAUGAUUCCAGGUGGAUGAAAACCACGGACAAAGGAUGGGAAUUCCACAGUGUUGAGCUAAAUCGAGGCAAUAACAUCCUGUACUGGAGAACCACUGCCUUCUCAGUAUGGUCCAAAGUUGCCAACCCUGUGCUGGUGAGAAACAUCGCCAUAACAGGAGUGGCCUAUACCUCCGAGUGCUUCCCCUGUAAGCCUGGUACCUACGCAGACAAGCCGGGCGCCUCUUCCUGCAAACUUUGCCCGGCCAACACUUACUCGAAUAAGGGAGAAACCUCUUGCCACCAGUGUGAUGCUGACAAAUACUCAGAAAAAGGAUCCUCCUCCUGCAAAGCACGCCCAGCCUGUACAGACAAAGAUUACUUCUACACCCACACAGCCUGCGAUGCCAAUGGAGAGACACAGCUCAUGUACAAAUGGGCCCAGCCAAAGAUCUGUGGUGAGGACCUGGAAGGGGCAGUGAAGCUGCCUGCUUCAGGCGUGAAGACCCUCUGCCCACCCUGCAACCCUGGCUUCUUCAAAACCAACAACAGCACCUGCGAGCCCUGUCCUUAUGGCUCCUACUCCAACGGCUCCGAUUGUAGCCGCUGCCCAGCCGGGACUGAGCCUGCCAUGGGAUUUGAAUACAAGUGGUGGAACACGCUGCCCGCCAACAUGGAGACCACCGUGCUCAGUGGCAUCAACUUCGAGUACAAGGGCAUGACAGGCUGGGAGGUGGCUGGAGAUCACAUUUACACAGCGGUUGGAGCCUCGGACAAUGACUUCAUGAUCCUCACUCUGGUUGUGUCUGGAUUUAGAUCUCCACAGUCGGAGAUGGCAGACACAGAGAACAAAGAGGUGGCCAGGAUCACGUUUGUCUUUGAGACCAUCUGCUCUGUAAACUGCGAGCUUUACUUCAUGGUGGGCAUGAAUUCUAGGACCAACACUCCUGUGGAGACGUGGAAAGGUUCGAAAGGCAAACAGUCCUACACUUACAUCGUCGAGGAGAACGCCACCAUGAGCUUCACCUGGGCCUUCCAGAGGACCACUUUCCACGACACGGGAAGAAAGUAUACCAAUGACAUGGCCAAGAUCUACUCCAUCAACAUCACCAACGUGAUGGACGGGGUGGCCUCUUACUGCCGCCCCUGUGCCAUGGAAGCCUCAGACUUGGGCUCCUCCUGCACCUCCUGUCCUGCCGGCUACUACAUCGAUCGGGAUUUGGGAACCUGCCAGCCAUGUCCCCCUAACACAAUCCUGAAAACCCACCAGCCUUAUGGCAUCCAAGCCUGCAUGCCCUGUGGUCCGGGGACCAAGAGCAACAAGGUCCACUCCCUGUGCUACAAUGACUGCACCUUCUCAGUCAGGACGCCCACGAGGAGCUUGGACUACAACUUCUUGGCUUUAGCCAACACUGUCUCUCUGGCUGGAGGGCCAAGCUUCACUUCCAAAGGGCUGAAGUAUUUCCAUCACUUUACCCUCAGUCUCUGUGGAAAUGAGGGUAAGAAAAUGUCCGUGUGCACUGACAAUGUCACCGACCUCCGGGUUCCUGAGGGUGAGUCGGGUUUCUCCAGAUCCAUCACCGCCUACGUCUGCCAGGCGGUCAUCAUUCCCCCAAAGGUGACAGGCUACAAGGCUGGAGUGUCCUCGCAGCCUGUCAGCCUCGCGGAUCGACUUAUUGGGGUGACAACAGAUGUGACUCUGGAUGGAAUCACCUCCCCAGCUGAACUUUUCCACCCGGAGUCCCUGGGAAUUCCGGACGUGAUCUUCUUUUAUAGGUCCAAUGAUGUGACCCAGUCCUGCAGUUCUGGGAGGUCCACGACUAUCCGAGUCAGAUGCAAUCCACUGAAACCGGCCCCUGGAACGCUGUUACUGCCCAGCACAUGCUCUGAAGGGACCUGCGAUGGCUGUAACUUUCACUUCCUAUGGGAGAGUGUGGCUGCCUGCCCGCUCUGCUCCUCAGCCGACUAUCAUGCUAUCGUCAGCAGCUGCGUGGCUGGGAUCCAGAAGACUACCUACGUGUGGCGAGAGCCAAAGCAGUGUGUGGGCGGCAUCUCCCUGCCCGAGCAAAGGGUCUCCAUCUGCAAAACCAUAGACUUCUGGCUGAAAGUGGGCAUCUCUGCGGGCACCUGCACUGCCAUCCUGCUCACCGUCCUGACCUGUUACUUUUGGAAAAAGAAUCAAAAACUGGAGUACAAGUACUCCAAGCUGGUGAUGAACGCGACCCUCAAGGACUGUGACCUGCCAGCAGCCGACAGCUGUGCCAUCAUGGAAGGCGAGGAUGUGGAGGAUGACCUCAUCUUUACUAGCAAGAAGUCACUCUUUGGGAAGAUCAAAUCAUUUACCUCCAAGCCAGCUCCUGUCACCAUCUCUCUUUCAGAGGACUCCUGAUGGAUUUGACUCGGUGCCACUGAAGACAUCCUCAGGAGGCCCAGAAAUGGACCUGUGAGAGGCACUGCCCUCCCCUGCCUUGCCUCCUUACCUUGGCACCUCACCUUGCAAGCCUGUGGCGAUUUGGGUGCCAGCUUCCUGCAACACCCACUGCUGGAAAGCUCUUCAUUGUGGCCUUAUCCGAAGAAGUUUGAAUUUCAGAUUUUGUGGGGUUUUUCUUUUAUAUAAAGUACCCAAACCCUCCUU